AUGCCGCCGCACUUGACUUACCCUCGUCAGGGGGUCCAAUCUAUGUUCGCGCAUCGAACGGCGUGGAGAGAGCUGGGUUUGCGAUCGACUCGAAACAUGCACGAUGAGUACCGCCAAGGCAUCAAAAACGUUGCGCAGACAUCAGUCCGACAGGAAGUGGCGCACCGCCGAAUCAGUGUAAACCCACGCUGGAUCGCCCGCUACGGCAACGACAGGCAAGUUACACUUUGA